AUGUCGCAGGAAAGCAACCUGAAACCGCAUCCAGCUCCUGUUUGGCUCACUCCAGAGUACGUGGAAGAAAAGCUACGUACUUAUUUCAAGGAUGACUCCCUCAAGCUUAUGAAUCUGCACAUCAAGCCAGCAAUUGGGAACGGGGAGAACUAUGCUAGUGUGAUGACCCGUAUCAUUGUGGAGUACACCACUUGUGCUUCGAAGAACAAGCAAUCCACUCAGUUUCUGGUUAAGACCACGUUUGCUGACAAGGAUCCUGCCGCCUGUGUGCUUAUGAGCUACGGUGUCUACACCAGAGAGAUGGAUAUGUACGAGCGGAUUCUCCCAAAGCUAGCCGAUGUGGUGAGGAAUGAGCUGACUGACUUUCGGAAGUUAUUUGCGGCAACUGUGAAUGUGGAUCGGGCAAGGGACUCGAUCAUUUUCGAGGAUCUGUCACUAGAAAAGUACAGGGUGGCCUGCAGGUUGAAGAAGCUGGAUUUAGAUCACACUCACCUAGUGCUUGGGAAGCUGGCAUGUUUCCAUGCCGCCGGAGCAGCUAUGGCUGAACGACAGCCGAAGAUCUUUGCAGAUAACUAUGAACGCGUAUUCUUUAACAAACAUACCCGUGGGUAUGAGCCCAUCAUGAGGAACUUAUUGCAGGCCUUGUCCCGUUCCCUGGAAUUGGAUCAGGAUCUUAAGUACCGUUACCAAGCGAAGAUCGACCGUUUGGUUGAUCGUGUAAUGGAUUACGGCGAGCAUGCGACCUCAAUUAAUCCCGGAGACUUUGUGACAUUGAUUCACGGAGAUCUCUGGACCACCAAUGUAAUGUUUCAGUACAAUGCAGAAGGUCAUCCCUCGAAUGCCAUCUUCAUUGACUUCCAGUUCACCGCAUGGAACUCUCCAGCCAUCGAUUUGCACUACUUCUUCUCGACCUCGAUACACGAGAAUCUCUGGCGGGAAAAGCAAUCGGAGUUGAUUCAGUUCUACUUUUACAAAUUGGUGGCUGCCCUCAAGAAGGUCAAGUACUUUGGCCGGAUUCCCAGCUUAUUCGAGUUCCAGCAGCAGUUCUGUACUAAGGCUUUUUAUGCUGCUUUUGCUUCGCUUAUUUUCGAGCCAACGAUGGUGUACAACGGCAAGGAGGAGGCGUCUAUGCAGCAGAUCCUGUCGUCUUCCGAGAAGGGAAUGCGAUUUAAAAACGAUGUUUAUCAAUCGGAGGAAAUGAGAAGGAAGUUGCAAGACAGUCUGCCGUUUCUUGAUCAUUUGGGAUUGCUAGAUGAAAUGUAAAUUAAAAAUAAAAUAAACAUAUUUUUUUCUUAGCCUAAA